CGCAGCCGCCGCAGCCUCGGCCGCCGGGCAAGUAGCUCCGCGCGGCCGCUUCCCGGUUCCCCGACGCGGACAGGGGGCGCCGCGCUCCGCUCGCUGCGCGCCCGAGCCAUGCCGGGCAGCCGCGCGUAACCGCCGAGCGCGGCCGCCACAGACACGACCCUGUGCCCCGACCCUCGCCGAGCCGAGCUUUGGUGCGCGCAACUCCCUCUGCACGGCCAGCCCCGCGGCACCAUGCCCCGGGAGGCUGCACUCGGGGCCCUGGUGUCGCUGCUGCUGCUGCUGCCGCCGCUGCCCCGCGGCGCCGGGGGGCUCGGGGAGCGCCCGGACGCCGCCUGGGACUACUCGGCGUUGGAAGGCGAAGAAGGCGCGGAGCAGCAGCUGGAGCAUUACCACGACCCGUGCAAAGCCGCUGUCUUUUGGGGAGACAUUGCCUUAGAUGAAGAUGACUUGAAGUUAUUUCACAUCGACAAAGCCAGAGACUGGGCCAAGCAGUCAGUGGAGGAAACAGGACAUAGCACAGGUGGGCUUGGAGAGCAGCCAUCUGAGAACUGGCCAAAUGCCACAGCCACGAACACCAGCGUUGAGGAAGCUCGAAAGGAUGGCAAGGAGAAUGCCACACUUCUGCACGGCCCUGAGACCUUGAGUGCUACAGCCAGGUCCUCUCCCCGGGUCCGAAGAGCCACGACCUCAAGGACAGAGAGGAUAUGGCCCGGAGGAGUCAUCCCCUACGUCAUUGGAGGGAACUUCACGGGAAGCCAGAGGGCCAUUUUUAAGCAGGCUAUGAGGCACUGGGAGAAGCACACCUGUGUGACCUUCAUAGAAAGGACCGAUGAGGAAAGCUUCAUCGUGUUCAGUUACAGGACCUGUGGCUGUUGCUCCUAUGUCGGGCGCCGAGGAGGAGGUCCGCAGGCCAUAUCCAUCGGGAAAAACUGUGACAAGUUCGGCAUUGUGGCUCAUGAGCUGGGCCACGUGGUUGGGUUUUGGCAUGAACACACCCGGCCAGACAGAGACCAGCAUGUCACCAUCAUCAGAGAAAACAUCCAGCCAGGUCAGGAGUAUAAUUUCUUAAAAAUGGAAGCUGGGGAAGUGAGCUCUCUGGGAGAGACAUACGACUUUGACAGCAUCAUGCACUACGCCCGGAACACCUUCUCAAGAGGGGUUUUCUUAGACACCAUCCUCCCCCGUCGAGAUGACAAUGGCGUCAGGCCAACCAUCGGCCAGCGUGUGCGGCUCAGUCGGGGAGACAUAGCGCAAGCCAGGAAGCUGUACAAAUGCCCAGCGUGUGGGGAGACCCUGCAGGACACGACAGGAAACUUUUCUGCGCCUGGUUUCCCAAAUGGCUACCCUUCCUACUCCCACUGCGUCUGGAGGAUCUCGGUCACCCCCGGGGAGAAGAUCGUCUUAAACUUCACAUCCAUGGAUUUGUUUAAAAGCCGCCUGUGCUGGUACGAUUACGUGGAGGUCCGGGAUGGUUAUUGGAGAAAAGCCCCCCUGUUGGGCAGGUUCUGUGGCGACGAGGUGCCGGAGCCCCUCACCUCCACGGCCAGCCGGCUCUGGGUGGAGUUCCGCAGCAGCAGCAACAGCCUGGGCAAGGGCUUCUUCGCGGUGUACGAAGCUACAUGUGGUGGAGACAUUAACAAAGAUGCGGGUCAGAUUCAAUCUCCCAACUACCCGGAUGACUACAGACCUUCCAAGGAAUGUGUCUGGAGGAUUUCGGUUUCGGAGGGGUUUCACGUGGGACUUACCUUCCAAGCUUUCGAGAUCGAAAGGCACGACAGCUGUGCAUAUGACUACCUGGAAAUCCGAGAUGGCCCCACGGAAGAGAGCGCCCUGAUCGGCCACUUCUGUGGAUACGAGAAGCCGGAGGAUGUGAAGUCGAGCUCCAACAGGCUGUGGAUGAAGUUUGUGUCUGAUGGCUCUAUCAAUAAAGCAGGCUUUGCAGCCAAUUUUUUCAAGGAGGUGGAUGAGUGUUCCUGGCCAGACCACGGCGGGUGUGAGCAUCGCUGUGUGAACACGCUGGGCAGCUACAGGUGCACCUGCGACCCAGGCUACGAGCUGGCUGCCGAUAAGAAGACGUGCGAAGUGGCCUGUGGCGGUUUCAUUACCAAGCUGAAUGGAACCAUCACCAGCCCUGGGUGGCCAAAGGAGUAUCCCACGAACAAAAACUGUGUCUGGCAGGUGGUGGCCCCCGUCCAGUACCGGAUCUCCCUCCAGUUUGAAGUGUUUGAACUGGAAGGCAAUGACGUGUGUAAAUACGACUUCGUGGAGGUGCGCAGCGGCCUGUCCCCUGACGCCAGCCUGCACGGCAAGUUCUGUGGCUCCGAGACGCCCGAGGUCAUCACCUCGCAGAGCAACAACAUGCGCGUGGAGUUCAAGUCCGACAACACCGUCUCCAAACGAGGCUUCAGGGCCCACUUUUUCUCAGACAAGGAUGAGUGUGCGGAGGACAACGGCGGGUGUCAGCACGAGUGUGUCAACACGUUCGGGAGCUACCUGUGCCGCUGCAGGAACGGCUACCGGCUCCACGACAACGAGCGGGACUGCAAAGAGGCUGGCUGUGCACACAAGAUCAGCAGUGCGGAGGGGACCCUGGCAAGCCCCAACUGGCCUGACAAAUACCCCAGCCGGAGGGAGUGUACCUGGAACAUCUCUUCCACCGCGGGCCACAGGGUGAAACUCGCCUUCAAUGAGUUUGAGAUCGAGCAGCACCAGGAAUGUGCCUAUGACCACCUGGAAAUGUACGACGGGCCCGACAGCCUGGCCCCCAUCCUGGGCCGUUUCUGCGGCAGCAAGAAGCCAGACCCCGUGGUGGCUUCGGGCAGCAGCCUGUUUCUCAAGUUUUAUUCGGACGCCUCAGUGCAGAGGAAAGGCUUCCAGGCGCUGCACAGCACAGAGUGCGGGGGCAGGCUGAAGGCUGAAGUGCAGACCAAAGAGCUCUAUUCCCAUGCCCAGUUUGGGGACAACAACUACCCGAGCCAGGCCCGCUGCGACUGGGUGAUCGUGGCGGAGGACGGCUACGGGGUGGAGCUGAUCUUCAGGACCUUUGAGGUGGAGGAGGAGGCCGAAUGUGGCUAUGACUACAUGGAAACCUACGACGGCUACGACAGCUCGGCGCCCAGGCUCGGCCGCUUCUGCGGCUCUGGGCCGUUAGAAGAAAUCUACUCUGCAGGGGAUUCCCUCAUGAUUCGAUUCCACACAGACGACACCAUCAACAAGAAAGGCUUCCAUGCCCGAUACACCAGCACCAAGUUCCAGGAUGCCCUGCACAUGAAGAAAUAAUGCUAAUGACCUUGAAAGACAGGAACCAAGAAUGUUUUUUACUCCAAUAGCACCUUUCAAAUCUGCCCUAAAUCAGUGUACAGUAUUUUUCUCAAGCAAAAACUCAAAAGCCAGUCUUGGAGGUAUAUAUUUGGUUGAAAGAACAUAAAGGUUUGGCCAACAAGGAGGAGAAAAUGUUCUUUUGAUUCUGGCUAUAAGAAGAAGAUUAAGGUUUGACGUCACUGACCAUUCAAGCUAUGCUUGUUCAUACACAUUCUCCUUGUCUCUUGCUCCUAUGGGGCAGAAGGCCAGUCCUGGAGUUGGUCAUUCCUCUAAUCUGGACAGGCUUCCAUGGGUGCCCGGCACUGUGACCAUGUCCUGGGGACUCAGGCUGUCUUCUGUCUAUAUUGGUCUCUGAGGAUGAAAGCUUGGCCGUGGCUGAUUUGUGAGUCAGAGCUUUGGCUAGAAUCUUUUGCUUUCUCUCUGCCAGGGACAUGUCAACCAGGAAACCUGAGAAUAUGGAUGUCAGGACAAAAAAAGGGCAUUUCAGUAAGCAGCGUGCACAGGGGGAGCUUUGAGUAUGAGAUCAUUGUCAUGAAAUUAGAAGCCCUCAAAACCAUUUCUCUGCAUCAUUGGCUCUCCUUGCCCCUUUGGGGUUCCCCAUCCCUAAUUGUAUCAGGGGGGCAAAGGCAUCCACUAUGAAGUCAGCAGAACGUUUGCUGGUAGGAGUCCCAUCUGCUGAGAAGAAAACAACCUGGCGUAUCCGGGUAUUUCUUCGCUCACUGACUCUACCUGUGCUUGGAAUUCCACAGGCUUCCAAGAACAUUUCUUCCUCCAGCUGUGGAGCCAUUUACCUUGGUGAACUCCUUGACAACCAGUUCAAACUGCAUUUGCCAGAUGUGCAAAGACAUCUCAUGAAGGACCAGUUAAAGUCUUUUGUGGGGUGGACACUGCUGAAGACUGGUUAAUUAUAAGUUAUGUAAGAAUCAUCACCUUGUGGGGCAAGUCAGUCUUUGACCAGCUUCCUGUAACCAGUUGGGUGAAAGAGUGCAUUGGUAACUUUGCUCAGAUUAACUCUUACUCAAUUGCCAACUUGCAAUCAGAAUUCACAACACUUGGCACUUGUUCUAGAGAAGUGUAGAAGAUGAUGUUUACAUAAUUUUAGCACCUCAAGGUAUAAUUUAAACAGCGAGGUAGUUUUGAAUGGCAUUUCAUUAAGGCAUCUAUGGGCAUUAUGAGCUAAAAGCUGUGGUAUGUUAGCUUUAAAAGAGUAUUUAUGUUGGAAUAAUUUUAAAUAAUGUUUACAUAAACCGUAAGUCCCGUUUGGUUGGUGUUGAACACAGGGCGGCGCGUGAGUGUUUUUGGUCAGAGGCAACGUAGCUCCCAAGCACCGGAAUUCCUUUGGGAUGGAUCAACAUCAUUUUAGACAAAGCAUUUGUAAAAGGUUAAAAGUUAUAUUUUUCAAAGAUCAGAAUAUGCCACCAGAGGACUUUAUCUAAUUAAAAUGAUUGUUGGGAGCAAAAACUAGAAUAAUACAAAGAAAGGUAAAAAAAAUGCAUGGAAAUAUUUUUCCUUAAAGCAGAAAAAAAUUAAAGUAUUAUAAUUAAUUAUAAUAUAUGUCUGUAUAUAUGUAUGUAUGUAAAGGAUCAGCUGUCAAAGCCUUAAUCAAUGAAUGCAGUGUGACAAACGCCUCCCGCUGGUCAUAGCUUUACUGUGCGGGGCUCCCAGGACCAGUGUCCCCUUCUGGGCUCUGCUCUCCCCAAGCUCUGUCCUGGCCUGUCUUGGCCCUGGGUUGAGCCCAGCCCCCACUGUCACGUGGUGGUCAGACCCUGCCCAGGGUGAGCGUUGACACAGUAAAUGGAGCAGCCAUAUCCCGACUGCCUGUUCCGGCAGAUUCCUUCUCUCUGAGUUUUGUAUUUUCUGAGGUUUGCAUUUGGUCUCAUCUUGUCUGUCAAAGCUGAAACUGGAAUCAGGACACAUUAAGUGGCUGUUAAGGGUCAUUCUCCAAGGAAAUGAAAAUUCUGGAGUGUCAACCUCUAGAAAUCUAAAUAAGAGCAACGAAUUCCACAGAAAACGGGGAGGGAAUCAGAAACACAGUGCGUUCUGCCUCAGCAUUGGCCCUGGUGAAACAAUGACACUUCUUUUUAUCACUUUAGUGUGAACGUUUUUCAAAAGGACACAGCUUCAACAGUUGUCACCAUACGACCAAUUUGCAACAAUGCAACCCUUAUGAGAACCUUUAUUUAGCCUUCUGUGAGUGACGUAUUCCCAGAAAAGACAAGGUCUGAUUCAGUUGGGGCUGGCUGGGCUUCCUCUGGAAGCCCACCCUUCUGGGGAUUUGUGCAGGAUGCAGGUUCUGCAAAGAACCUCAAGGCUGGCUUCACAAGAGAAGACCCAGGCCCCUGCCUUGGCACCUCCAAUUGCUGAGUGACCUGCCUAUAUACGUCCUCAAGGCAGCUGACAGAGGUGGAGGAUGGUGGUCCAGCCUGCUUUGUCCUUUACUUAGGUGCAGGCCUUGAGGAGGACGUCGAGCUGCAAGACCAGCUUCAGUUCGGGGAACUGUCUUAGGACAAACCACCUGAUGUAGUAUUUGGGGUCCAGCCUGGUCCAAUUCUGAUGUGAUCUGGCCUAGCAGAAGUUAGAACCUGGAUCACAGGGAAGGGGAAAAUCUGGAAUUAACUGUAGCUAGUAGAAUUUCUGCAAACAGAGAAAAUGAGGCUAUCUGUUAAUUCACUAUUCCUUCUAUUUUCCUCUAAGGUAAAGUUUCCCUCUACUUCUAUUUCACUAUUUCCCUCUAAAGUUUCAUAUUACUCACCAGUGGCUCAGCCUGUUUAAAUAAUUUGUAAAAUCUUGCUAACUAGCAGAUUCCCAUUGGGAUUUUCCAUUGAUCAGGUCCAUUUGAUAACUUUCAAAUAAUUCUUGGUGUGGUUAGUGUUCAGUUUGUGAACAAAUGUUCCCUUGGUGUCAGCAGGUGUUUUUACAGUUGUAAACUGAACUUCUGAACGGUAGUCCCAGAUGCCUAAAAGGUUUCUUUUAAAAAGAGAAACACUAUUUAAAGUGUUAUCUAUAAAUAUAUGGGUAUUUUUUAUUUUGUGUAAUUUUACAUUUCGUGAAAUGAUGUCAGUUUCAAAGAGACCGUGAAGAGCAGCUAACAUAUGUCUCUGUCUAGAAAGGAUGCUUUCAUUAAAGAAUGUGGAUUUAUGGAUG